AGACCCGCGUUGGCAUUUUUAUAAGCAACAUGAUGGAUAGAGCGCGUCGGAGCUUAUUGUGACCUGCGCUUUUGCGCGUAAAUUCCCAGAAGGCGCUCCAUGAAAACUUCCAACACGAUGCCUUUUGCAAACACAGAGUAAUAUUUAAGCCUGAUCAAGUUCUCGAGUUUUGCUCAUCGCAAUGGAGAGGGAGCAGGCUGAACGAUCCGGGAGCCGAACUUCAUCCAGUUCCGAUACCGACACUGAGACCGACACUGACACCGUGUCCGAGCCGGAAUUGCGCUGCAAUUCGGAAGAAACUGAAUCUGAAUCGGAGCAUUUGGCUGCACACCGCUGUGGAGAUUUACUAACAUUACACACCGCCAGUGUCGAGCAAAAAGGGAAGCUGGAAUCCGCAAACGACAGCAAAGACGACAAAAUGAGGAAUGACCACGAGUGCGAUGAGGAAGAAGCCGAAAUGCUGGAUAACAUCCUGUCUCCACCCCCACUGCCUUUCUGCAAGACGAGUAACCCCGAGGUGUGUUCUAAUUCCAGCCUGGCGCUCAAAUUCACCCGCCAGCUGAGCGAAGACGGCAGACAGCUCCGUCGAGGGAGUCUGGGCGGAGCGCUAACAGGGAAGUAUCUGUUGCCGUACAUGUCGGCUCAGCAGGCGUGGCCGGCCUCGGGGACGGAGAGCUCCAACCUGGUGCGUAUGCGCUCCCAAAGCUUCGGAAAGUCGGCUCCAUCCCUCACUGCAAGUCUGAAGGAGCUCAGUCUGCCCAGGAGAGGGAGCUUCCUCACUCCAAGAAGCUUGAGCCCGACUCCCACAAGUCCAUGCAGCCCAUGCAGCCCGCUACACGCCUUCCAUUUUUGGAGCUGCAGGACGGGGAACAGGAAGAGUCUUAUAGGAAGCGGACAGUCAUCGGGACUUCCUCGGCCCCACUCACCCUUUUCUUCACACACAGGCACCAGUCCUCAGGACAGUCCUAGAAACUUCUCUCCCAGUGCCUCAGCCCACUUCUCCUUCGCUCGCAGGACCGACGGACGACGCUGGUCCCUGGCAUCCCUCCCGUCAUCCGGAUAUGGAACCAACACCCCUAGUUCCACUCUUUCUUCGUCCUGUUCAUCACAGGAGAAGCUCCAUCAGCUGCCCUUUCAGCCCACUGCCGAUGAGCUCCACUUCCUGUCCAAACACUUCUGCACUGAGAGCAUUGCCGGCGAUGACCACCGCAGGGCCACGCCCAUGCGCCCGCGCUCACGUAGCCUCAGCCCUGGAAGAUCUCUAUCGUGCUGCGAUCAUGAGAUUAUUAUGAUGAAUCAUGUGUACAAAGAACGCUUUCCUAAGGCCACAGCGCAGAUGGAGGAGCGCAUUCAGGAGAUCAUAAGCAGCAGCUCCCCGGAGAACGCGCUGCCUCUGGCGGAUGGAGUGCUCAGCUUCGCCCAUCACCAGAUCAUUGAACUGGCACGCGACUGCCUCGAGAAAUCUCGCCUCGGCCUCAUCACCUCUCGCUACUUCUGCGAGCUCACUGACAAACUCGAACGACUUUUUCAGGAGUCCACUGAGAGAUCGGAGAGUGCUGAGGUGACUUUCAUUAAGGAACUGGUGAAGAAGAUCCUCAUCGUCAUCGCCAGACCUGCGCGCCUUCUGGAGUGUCUCGAGUUUGACCCAGAGGAGUUCUAUCACCUGCUGGAGGCAGCUGAGGGUCACGCCAAAGAGGGACAAGGCAUCAAGUCCGACAUUCCACGCUACAUUAUAAGCCAACUCGGCUUGACGCGAGACCCUUUGGAAGAAAUAGCCCAGUUAACCAGCUACGAUAGUGGGAUUGCAGAAACUCCUGACACUGAUGAUUCUUCCCAGAGCUUGAGUGCACCACUGCAUCCCCGCCGUAAACCCUGCGAGUCUGACUUCGAAAUGAUCAAACUUAUCAGUAAUGGAGCUUACGGCGCUGUCUAUCUGGUGCGACACAAAGAGACCAAUCAGCGCUUUGCGAUGAAGAAGAUCAACAAGCAGAACCUGAUGCUGAGGAACCAGAUCCAGCAGGCGUUUGUGGAGAGGGACAUCCUGACCUUCGCCGAGAACCCGUUUGUGGUCAGCAUGUACUGUUCCUUUGAGACACGCAGACAUCUGUGCAUGGUCAUGGAGUAUGUGGAAGGUGGAGACUGUGCCACGUUGUUGAAGAACAUGGGGCCUUUGCCAGUGGACAUGGCCAGAAUGUACUUUGCUGAGACUGUCCUUGCUUUGGAAUACCUCCAUAAUUAUGGCAUCGUCCACCGAGACCUGAAACCAGACAAUUUGCUAGUCACCUCAAUGGGACACAUCAAGCUGACUGACUUCGGCUUGUCGAAGGUGGGCCUGAUGAACAUGACCACUAACCUGUAUGAGGGCCACAUAGAGAAGGAUGCCAGAGAGUUUUCAGAUAAGCAGGUGUGUGGCACCCCUGAGUACAUCGCUCCAGAGGUAAUCCUGAGGCAGGGAUACGGGAAGCCCGUGGAUUGGUGGGCGAUGGGGAUCAUUCUGUACGAGUUCCUGGUGGGAUGUGUGCCGUUUUUUGGAGACACCCCAGAAGAACUGUUUGGUCAGGUUAUAAGUGAUGAGAUCAACUGGCCUGAAGGAGAGGACGCACCUCCGACUGAUGCUCAGGAACUCAUCACGCUGCUGCUCAGGCAGAACCCACUGGAGCGCCUGGGAACUGCAGGUGGAGCCUAUGAGGUCAAGCACCACCAGUUUUUCCACAGUCUGGACUGGAACAGUCUGCUCAGACAGAAGGCUGAAUUUAUACCCCAGCUUGAGUCUGAGGAUGACACCAGCUACUUUGACACCCGAUCUGAAAGGUACCAUCACCUGGAAACUGAGGAAGAAGAAGACACAAACGAUGAAGACUUCAAUGUGGAACUGCGGCAGUUUUCCUCGUCCUCGCACCGAUUUUCUAAAGUAUACAGCAGUCUGGAUCUGUCCCGUGGGCAGCUGGAGGAAAAAGGAGAGCAAGCGGAGAAGAAGAGUGAGAGUCCCCUCACUGUCGACUCUCUCAGCUGGACUCCAGACUUCACUGAAAUACCAUCGCUGUCCCACUCGUCUGACAUGGAGAGCACCAGCACGGGCCGACAUUCUGGACUCCUGCCUAAGUUUGCCAUUUCAGCAGAGGUGGAUAGCUGCGAGAGUUCGCUGUCCUUAGACAAGGCCGGUAAGGUGGCGUUCUCUGUCGGAGAGCUUCCUCAGGACGAGGCUGAUGCCACCACACCCUCCAGCCCAGUCAGUAACGCCACCCUGUCAGGCAGUUUCUCCGAACACUUGGACCAGCUGAUAUUACGGCCGGAGGGAGUGGUCAGUCCGGACCCUACUAUCAAGCCGUCCGCUGAAACCUUCAGCCAUUUGACUUCCCCAAGGCCAAAGACCAGUAUCCCUAAGUCAUCGUCCACCAGCGCUCUGUCUCUUAUGAUUCCUGCAGAUGUUUUCGGCACGUCUCCUCUGGCCAGUCCCAUGUCUCCGCACUCGCUGUCAUCAAACCCCUCCUCCAGAGACUCCUCCCCUAGCCGAGACUCCUCGCUCUCUGCUGCCACCUCACGACAGCCAAUCAUCAUUCACAGUUCAGGGAAGAAGUUUGGCUUCACGCUGCGAGCUAUUAGAGUCUACGCUUGCGACAGUGAUGUCUAUACUGUCUAUCACAUGGUCUGGAACGUGGAAGACAACGGACCCGCUCAGAAGGCCGGACUCAAAGCUGGAGACUUGAUCACUCAUGUCAAUGGGGAAACAGUCCAUGGACUGGUCCACACUGAGGUGGUGGAACUGUUGCUUAAGAGUGGAAGCAAGGUUGCCAUAUCCACGACUCCGUUUGAGAAUACUUCGAUCAAAACCGGUCCAGCUAGAAGGAAUAGUUAUCGAAGCAAAAUGAUACGGAGAACCAAGAAGCCCAAGAAGGAGAAAACACAAGAAAGACGACGGUCAGUAUUCAGACGCUUUGCCAUGCAGCCCUCUCCACUCCUCCACACCAGCCGCAGCUUUACCUCCUUAAACCGAUCACUGUCUUCUGGGGAGAGUCUGCCAGGAUCCCCCACACACAGCUUGUCUCCUCACUCCCCCACUACCUCCUUCCGGCCCACACCGGACUUUAACCAAUCAGGUGGCACAUCAUCUCAAAGCAGUUCUCCAAGCUCUAGUGCACCAAAUUCCCCCGCUGGCUCUGGCCAUGUCCGUCCUAACACUUUGCACGGUUUGGGCCCCAAGUUGCCUGGGCAGCGGCUUCGUCAGAGCCGCCGGAAAUCAGCAGGGAGCAUCCCACUCUCCCCACUGGCUCGAACACCUUCCCCAACCCCUCAGCCCACCUCCCCUCAGCGAUCUCCUUCCCCCUUGCUUACUCACUCAGUGGGAAGCUCUAAAACUACUCAGACCUUCUCAGCCAAGAUGCACUCGCCCCCUACAAUUGUCAGGCACAUGGUGCGACCCAAAAGUGCCGAACCCCCACGGUCCCCACUUCUUAAGAGGGUUCAGUCAGAGGAAAAGCUCUCGCCAUCCUACACGGGUGACAAAAAGCACCUCUGCUCUCGGAAACACAGCCUGGAGGUGACCCAAGAGGAAGUACAGGAUGGGGUUGCAUCUGGAGGAGAGCACACACUUCAGAGUGUAGAGGAGAGCUCCUGUGAACUUCCCGCCAUCACCCGGGUCAGACCUGCCGAGCAGGGCUGCCUGAAACGGCCUGCGACUCGUAAGGUUGGUCGACAGGAAAUGAUGGAGGAUCUUGAUAAGGAGAAAUUAAAGGCCAAAGUGGUAGCAAAAAGACAGGACUGGCAUGAGAGACGUGAAUCUCUGCAAAAGCAAGAUGCUAUUCAAGAGGCUGAAUCUACCCAAAUCACUGGUGGAUGUUGUCCUGUUGAUAUCAAAGCUGCCAAUGCUACGGUAAAAGAUGUUUUUUAUAAAAAACUAAACACAAGAGUAUGUGAAAGCACCGUAGACUGUAUGACCAGCACUGGGGACUCUGCCUCAGUCUUUAAUGAGGGUAUAAGAUCAGCCCAAACCCAGUCAGACCGACAGCUGGCCUGGCAGAUUAAAGAGGGCAGUAAACCAGACAGGCUUGAUUUCAAAGCUCCCAAUAUGGAAUUUGCUCGAAAAAGGCAGUCAUUUGAGGAGCGUGAGGACUGUAUGUGUCGAAUCUCCUCUGGUGUUCAUGAAGGCCUUCAUUUUAAUACCACUAGGUCCAAAAGUCUCCAGCUGGAUUCUGCUGGAAUCACCACUUCUGGAAUUAACACAGACUCCUUGAGCCCUAAGCUAUUCAGUGGGCGAGGGGAGAGUGCCGUGGAGAAGCUUCAGAUUAUCUCGUCCACUGAGGGCUCCAUCAGAAAGACAUCAUCAGAGUACAAAUUAGAGGCACGACUCGUGUCUUCCCUGAAACCACUGAAGGGCACAUUGGACAUAGGACUGCUCUCUGGACCUAGGAUCUCCAAAACUGAUACAUGUCUCUCAAAAAUAGCCAGCAGCCAAGCCGAUAGUGGCGGCCUGGCAGGAGCCAUGCAAAACCAGACUGAAAAACAGCCUCAGAUCCAAACAAAUAAACAGACACAGACUGUCACGGAGAUGGAAAGUCUUUGUACUUUGAGCAGCAAAACUGCAGGAAAAGAGGAACCCACAUGUAAUAGAGAUAGUGUUAUUGGUUCAGUUAGCCAUGAAGGCACUCAUGACAAAAAUACACAGGCUGAACUAAUCAAGUUACAGGCCAUAUCCAGUAAAAUUGAGAGAAAAGAUUUGUCAGCAGGUGGAAAAACAGAGAGUAAGUUCAAAACAGUUCAGGAGAUGAGGCCUGCUCGACACAGUACUCAUUUUGCUUGUGGGAAAACACCCUCGAUAAGGGAGGUCAGCAAUGAAGACCAAGAUGAUGAGAUGGAAAAUCCAGAGGAAAAGCCUACCCUGCAAAACAACACUGUAGAAACAAAUAAACUAGUGACCCAUGACCAGGUCGUCAAGCAAAACCCAUCGGUACCCUCAGGCCUCUGUAGUGUUGACAAAGAUAAAAAUAUGAUUGAGAUCCUUGUCAGUUCACAGCACUCAGAGCAGGCUGUUGUACAUAACAGGCAAAUAACCAUGGAGAAAAAUAGGGAAGUGAAUACUCUGGGCUUAACCGUCGUUCCACAGGAGGUUCAUGAAUCUAAAAGUGUCAGAGAUGAUGUAGAAGAAGCUCAGUGCUCAACAACAGUGCAGACUUUGCCUCCAAAACCAGAAAUAGCAGUUAGUGUGCAAAAGUCAGAAUCGGAUACAAAAGGUGGGAUUGGGACGAGUGAUGAGAAGAAACCGCAAAGCACAGCUCAUAACUUACAGAAUAUUUCUGAGAGGAUACAUGAACAGACCACAGCAAGUCACACAACCAUGUUACAUGUGAAAUCAGAUCAGGUUCACUCACAGGGUAUAGUAAAAGAAAAAGGAUCUGUUCCACAAAGUUCAACUUUAACUGUUUCACCAGCACCAGAUAAUAAGUUGACUCCAGAUCCACCUCUUCAAAACAAACAGGAUAAAAUCAAUGCAUCUCCCAAUGCAGGUUCUCCUUUUAAGACCACUUCUGCAGUGGCUCCCCAGUCACCACAAUGUGUACACAAAAGCCCACAGUCAUCUGUUGAAGUCAAAUCAGACAGCACUGCAAUUAAACAGUCUUUGCAAAUAGCAUCAAAAACACUAACCAGUGCUGUCUCCGGAAACAGACAGAAAAGUUCAGAUUCUAUCUCCAAAACAGAUGACGGUGUCAAAACACAAAACAUUGGGGUGGAACAUGGAAAAAGGUACAGUUCUCAAUGUCAAGAGACAUGUGAAGUCAAAACUCAAAUCAAGGAUAAGGAUCAUAAGACUUGGAUGGUUCCAAAAGGGCCAAGUGACGAGUACAAACCUAAAGCAUCGAAAGAUAAAAUGGCACAAAACAUAGCAGUUUUGAAAGAAAAUGUAAAAUGCAUUAUGCCGAACGAGACUCGCAGUCCUGCAGAGGUCAAAAAUGGCAGCAUAAAGUGUGCAACACAUAAAGUCUUAGUUACUCCUCAGAUGCCUCCAGGAAACAAGUCAAAUCAGGAUUCGGGUGUCCAAGGGAUUGAAAAAACUAACAAUACUGUGCAAGAUCAGUCAGCAAACAUGCUCGAAGAAAAGUCGAAAGUCAAGAAUACUCCAGAUGUAGCCAGUCAGAAGAUCACCAAGCCAGUGACGGAUGUUUGCAAGAAGGAGGUGGUUCCUGCACCAAAAAAACAACCACAGUCAUCAGGUACUAGUUCCACUGGAAAGCAAAGCCUGUCAAAUUCCAAAAACAAAGCCAAGUUUGAACCCUCUCCUGUUACACACCAGAGUCUGAAAGUCACCGAAGAAAGAGGAACACAAGAAAGCAAAGCACCAGAGCAGAUCGUCAAAGACAACGCUGAUCUAAAACCAAAGGAGCAAAAAGUGUUCACAGUUCCAACAUCGAAAACUCAACCCCAGAGAGAGAGCUUGCCUCAGACAGGCCCUCAGGUUGGUUCUGUACCUGUACCUGCUGUUAAGGUUCACACACCAAGCGGACCUCCUACAGGCAAGGGUACUGGGGCUACAGUGGAGAUCUCAAAGUCGUUCGACUCCUCGCAGAAAGUAAACCGUAAAGACUCUCAGAAAUCCACAGCAUUGGCAAAGGAUGGUGCAGCACCAGAAAAAGAUUCGUCUCGCGCCAAGCAGUCCAAAGAGCCGCCCAGAGGUUCGGAUAAUAAAAUGUGACAAUAGGGAUAUCGAUGGUUGCCAAAUCACUUUAUGUAAGACAGACUGCAAGGCAAUCUUUUUUUUUUUUUUUUUCUUUUUAUGUAUUGAUUGUGUUUUCGCACCUUCCGUUCUGAGGACCGAUGAAGCUGUUACUUCAGUGUUUCGUGAAGGGCAAGAAGCAAUGAGUGCUAGUGUGUGUGCUAGUGUGUGUGCUAGUGUGUUGUCUGUUUCUGUAAAAAUCCUAGGGUCGAAUGUACCUGAUUUGCUGCUGAUUUGUCAAUUUGUAGUUUCAUGCAUCAUGAGAAAAGAGGUCAUGAGGUGUAUAGAAAAUGAUGUGUGCAAUCCACGUGACAUCGAGGGAAUUGAUGCCUUUGAGUCGUAAACGAACUGUGCCAAUUUAGAUUGUACCAAACAAGAACUCGUGUUGUUUAGGAGUCGUCAGAACCGCACCGAAUUGAGAUACAUAAAAUAUCGCAGGCGUUACUCGAUCCAUAUAAAGGUUAAAGUGAACGGCGACGGUUUUGUUCACGAUUUAGACAAGGUAUUUGUAGCAAUGGUGCUGAACUCUCAGCAAACACUCUUCAUGUGGGUAAAAGAUACCACCGACGUCAUUUUUCCGUCUCAUCGGUGUUCUUCUCGUUCUCGUUUGCUUUGACCUACUUAAAGGCAAAGUUUGUUUUGGGCCGAGGGAAUGCACGCUUAUCCCGUGCUUCUCACCUAGAACUAUUUUAUAAUGGAAUCAUCUUAGGGUUCUGGUUUCAUAUCUAGUGGAAGGGGCCUUAGAGUAUUUUUGGGCUGUCCAGCUUGCUGUUCUUAGCAGGUUGUGUCAAAAUUCACAUUCCUUUCACAUGCAUUUACUAAAUACUCAUUUUUAUGCAAUGUACUGUACAUAAAGCAAUGUUAAUUGUACAAAAGCUGAUCCGUCGGAUCAGGACUUUGAUUCUUCUGAAUAUGAGUGUUGUGUGUUUUAUAUGUAUAUAUUUUGCUAUGUCAUCUGUUUGUAUACUGUAACGUUUGUUGCUCAGCAAAGUUUUCACGAUGCCAUCUGAAAUAAGCUAGUCGAAAAAUAGAAAAUAAGGCAAGAUCUCGGCUUCUGAUGUGAUCUAUACUUGAAAUUACACAGGCACUAAAAGCAGUAAUCGCACUCUUAAGCAGAUGUCCUCUGAUCGUUGCUGAUGAACUAAAAGACAGAACAGAGGAAUGUUAAAUAGUGCAAAAGCUCUAUUUUUUAUUUAAAAAAAAAAAUGAUAUAAAUGUUAAAAAGUUUGCAUCAUUGUAUAUUAUAAUUGUGAUUAUUUCCCCGGUUUUCAGCACAUUUUUCACUUAUAGAUUUUAGGGCUUUUUUUUUUGUUUUUUUUUGGCCACCUAUCGAUGUAAACCAGAUCACGGCCACGUUUAUGAUCAGUCAGGUGGAUUUUCACAUCGCAGUCACGUUCAGCUAGUGUUCCUGUGUCCUGUCUCGUUUAUUGCCCAGCAGUUUAGUCGAGUCAGUUCAGUCGAGUAUGAUGUAUAAUACUUAUAAAAGUGGGACGUGUGAUAAUAAUCUAGUGUCUUUGCACUGUCCGUUAGCUGUACCUUUAAAUCAUGACUGAAAAAUAAUGUGGAAUUCAUUUGUUUAAACGUGACCGUAACGUAUGUAUCGUCUCUGAGUCACCCGAGUCGUUUCUGUAACACUUUCACAUACACGGUAAUGACGUAACAUUAAAUAAGAUGCUAUUUGCUCGUGUGUGUGUGUGUGUGUGUGUGUGUGUGAGUGAGAGAGAUAUGUGCUCUGAUAUGACUACAGUAAUCAGUCCUUUAUGUCAUAUAAAAUUAACAGGUUAUUUUAGUGACUUUGCCGUAAUCUGUAAUAUUAAAGUAAUAUUCUAGUUACCUGUAGAUCAAGAAAAGUAUACAAUGCUUUGGAGCGCUGAAUGUAAAUCACAUAAUGAUGAAGCGAUUAAUGAGAAGACGAAUGAAAUUGAGAGAUUUUAAGCGGUAUUAGGAAAAAAAAAUCUAAAAAUCUAAAACAUCCUCAUGAAGCUUUGCAAAUGUAAUGUUUGAAGCCUGAGGAGAGAAAACGCACCUUUUCUUUAACGAUACGUUGCAUUUGGACAAAAAAAAGAAGAUAAGGAAGAACAAGACCAUUAAUGUAAUGUGAAUGUUUAAUAGGGCAUCAACAUGUUAAAUGUUUAAUGGAUGGGUUGUCUUUCAGUCCCCAUGCCUUUUUAUCCGGACGACCGAUGUAAAAUCCUUAACGAAGCACAUUUCUUUGUUUACAGCGAAUUCCUGGAUGUAUAUUUUGAAUAUUGUGUUAUUAUUAAUUUUGCCAAAUCUGUGUUCCAUGUCAAAGGACAUUGCGUUGGUAGUGUUUGCAUGGCGUCUCUCUCCAGCAGGUUGUGCAGUUUAAGAUUGUCGGUCUACGGUAUAGACAAGUCUAUCCAUCGUGAAUCUGUCGGGUCUUAAACGUCCCCGAAAUCUUUUCUGGAAGUUUCCUUUUCCGUCAUCCAUUCUGUGAAGCUAGUGUUUGUAUAAACGGCCCUGCUUCAUCGUCUAUAUCAUCGUCUGUCUAAAUCUGUGCAAUAAGAGAUGUGGUUUUGAGUUUUUGUAUUUCACCCAAUGGAAGCUCUAUGGAUGUCAUAGAUGUUGUAUUCUAUACAAAUAUUUAUACUUCUAAAAAUUGUAUAAUUCUGAAAAUAAAAAGGCAUGACAUUAAGAA